GCUCCGGCGUUCCGGCCCGACCAAGGCUCGGCACGGAGGCGACGGCGCACUGCUGUCUGACACCAGCCACCUCCGUGUGACACCAGCCACCUCCGUGUGACACCAGCCACCGCCGUGUGACACUGGCCACCGCCGUGUGACGCCGACCGCCUCUGUGCCUCAGGACAGGGGCUACGAUACGCUACUGGGUGCCUCGGUCGUCGACACAGCCCUGGAGCAGCGGGGAUAGGACAGCGUGGAAGCGCCCGUGGAGCGGGUCAGUUCUGAGCCGUUACAAGUGGCACCUGCGGACAAUUCUGGCGGGAUGAAGUGACCUAUAUUUCACUGCGUUGGCCCCUGAAGACACUGGCCCCUAAAGACACUUGUCGCUGGAGACACUUCACGCCGCCAGGGGACGAAGCGCAACGAGGACGAUCCGUGACCGGCUGCGCCGAGGCAGGUGGCCAACUGAUCUCCUGCUCAGGCAGAAGAGGCGGCCGACUUUCCAGCUCUGCACGACAGCUGGACGCUGGAUGGGCGUUACCAGCGGCGCGGGACCAAUGGAGCGGCGCUCUCAGCUGGUCACCCUCUGUCUGCUGCUGGGGUACCUGCCGCGCCCGUCGCAGUUUAUCUUCCCGCUGACCGGCCUGGGCUUGUGUCAGCCGCGGGUGACCGAGGUACAGCCCGGUCAGGCCGUCUACCUCAGCUCGGAGAACUACCCGCUGACGUACCCACGCGGCGCCUGCCAGCGGCACGUGUUCCGGCCGGCGCGCGCCAACACCUCGCUCUCGGCCGUCUGCACGGACGUCGACCUCGACUCGCUGGUGGUGCCGUGGCUGAACUGGCGCGUGUGGGGCGACUUCCUGGCCUUCCCGGGCCGGGGUACGGUCUACGGUCGCGAGUGGACACAGUGCGAGACGGCGCCGCUGCGGGUGGACGGCGCGCCUGGCCACGAACUGCCGCUCGAGUUCUCGGCCAACUACCUGCUGCAGAGGAGGGGGUACAACUGCGUGGUGCGAGCCAUAGAGGAGGACAGCCUGCUCAGCCGCCAGCUGGGUGCCCUCCGGCACAAGGAGAACAGAGACUGCGGUCGGCCGCGGGUGAAGAGGAUAAUUGACGGCAAGGAUGCUAAGCCAGGACAGUACCCGUUUCUGGUGUACACGGUCACACACACCUCCGACGACAGAAAGGUGUACUGCGCCGGCACGCUGCUGGACCAGCGGUUCAUCCUGACGGCGGCGCAUUGCCUGGACGGCGCAGUCUGGACGCACGUGACGCUGGGUGCCCAUGACGUCACCGCGGCCGAGGGCUCGUCGGUCGUCACCAACGCCACCCGGUUCCGGCAGCACUCACAGUGGAGCAUCCAGAAGUUCAACCGCGAGCACGACAUCGGUCUGAUCGAGUUGUCGAAGCCGGUCAAGUACACCCCUUACAUUCAGCCCAUCUGUCUGCCGUCUGUCCUGGAACUGGAGGAACAGUACGACAACCAGGAGGCCUACAUAGCCGGAUGGGGCAAAACGUACAAAAACCAGCAUGGUGGCAGCUUCAUACUGCAGUCUGGCAAGGUCCGGGUCCUGAGCAACUGCGAGUGCUACGCCAGCUGGCCAUACCACGUGACACCGCUUAAGAUCUGCAGCAAGCCGGGAUCGGGUAAACAGACGCACUGCUACGGCGACAGCGGCGGCCCUCUGAUGGUGCUGACCGGCGGCCGCUGGACCCAGAUCGGCAUCAGCAGCUUCACGGCCGCUAACCAGGCCUGCAACCCGGAGGCGCCGGCCGGCUACACCCGAGUCGGCCCCUACCUCAGCUGGAUCCAGGAGCACACCAAAAUCCCACUGCCCAUGCUGUGACGCCGGCGCUAGCGUCCUCUCUGAGGGCUGGCAGUGACGUAGCAAACGAGACGUUAGGUGGUGCUGCGGCGCGUACGUCGUCGCGGCAGGUGGCGCAGCUGUGGCUGGCUUGCAGGCUUAAGUCGCGUCGGUUGAGCUAUGUGCUCCGACGAUUGAGUCUGCUCUGGCCUGGCUUGUAUGGCCUGCGAUAUGGACAUGCAUAGAAUCAUUAGUCACUCUGAGUGCUAUUGCAGUGCUCAGGUAGUGGUGGCCAGACGCAGACUGUGCAAAUAUGUACCAAUGUUGUUUUUUUUUACAUGCCAUAUGAGCGCAAAGCUUCGAGUUUGGUCCUCGAAUAUGUGUUGCUAAAAUGUGUGAUUAGGCUCAAGGAACUGCAUAGGGUACAGUCGUUGUAAUUCCUUGUGCCUAUUUCCAGGGUGUUUUCAAAACCAAAUCACAGGGAGUAGUCACUUAAGUGUCCACAUUGUAAUAAAACGCCAUGAGGCAACUGUCAUAUCGUCAAACAUACAGCCAUUUGCGUGUUCGGGAUUUCUUAGA